UGUCCAAGUGGAGUUGCCGUAGUUAUGACGUACUCGUAGCACCAGACCACAAAGAUGAACUUUAGCAAUACGGCGUCGUUAUUGUGUUUAUAUUUGCGCCUACGUCACGUCGAUAGUCCUUCAUUCUAGAUGUGUGUUUAUUUGCAUAACACGAAGCCAUAAACGUCGAUAUUUCAUCGUUCGUGUCAGGAUAAGUCGUCUCUCCUUCACGCUAGCUUAGCUCGCUAGCUUAACUUAGCUCGCUAGCUGCUAACAAAAGAGACAAAGCGGAAGUGAUCGACACGUCGCUAAAGUGUUGUGGUUGUGUGAAAAUGUGUCAAGUAGAAAUGCUGAGAGUGUUGGUGAAGCAGCGACUAACUGCUGCUGUGGAAGAAAUAUUUGUAGUGUUAGAAAGAACGAUAGCAGAAUACGAGGAGGAACUUUCUAGAACAAAAGAGGAGAACGAGCGACAACGUCAACUACUGGACGCUCUCUUCAACAAACAUCAAGUUGUGGCACACAGAAAAGACGAUUCCAGGGUGAAGCGGGAGAAACCUCGGCAGCCCCUCAUUAAAGAGGAAAUGCUGGGAGAGCAUCUUGAAGGACUCGAGAUGUUCCCGGCCAUCGGUGUCGUGGUGAAGAAUGAAGAUGACGAGGUCAGAGGUGAAAGUGAAGAGGAGCCUCCAAGCAGCAGCUCAACUCAACACGUGGCGACAGAAGCUGAUGGAGACCACAGUGGAGGAUCAGAAGACCACCUCAUUGCUCCACUAUCAGAUAACGUCCGUGGAGAACAUCUUCCUCCCCAGCAGCAGGAGGAGCCACAGCCCUGCCACUUCAAAGAGGAAGAGGAGGACCACAGCAUCAGUCAUCUUGAAGGAUUGGAGGAGUUCCCGAUGAUCCGUGUGGUCGUGAAGAGUGAAGAAGAUGAGGUCAAAGGUGAAAGUGAGGAGAGGAGCGAGGCGGAGAGACCAAGCAGCAGCUCAACUCAACACAUGACAGCAGAAGGUGAUGGUGGAGGAUCACCAGCAGACUUAGCUCCUCUGUCAGAUAGCGAGGACACCACAUCUCCUGACACUGAUGAUGAAGACGUAAAAGCUGGUACGACGUGUCACACUGGCAACACACGCUUUCAAUGCUCUCAAUGUGACAAAAUUUUUGGCAACAAGAAAAAUCUGACAAGACACACGAGAUCUCACACUGGGAAGAAACCCUUCAGCUGCUCGGUGUGCGGUAAAAGCUUUUCUAUCAAGGGAGGUUUGACCGCGCACACACGAACACACACGGGGGAGAAACCCUUCCUUUGCUCAGUGUGCGGUAAAAGCUUCUCUUUAAGAGGUAACCUGUUGAUGCACGCGAGGACACACACCGGAGAGAGACCGUUUUCCUGCUCAAUCUGCAAUUCUACUUUUGGAGUCCACGCGGUGUUGAUAAAACACAUGCGAACGCACACGGGAGAGAAACCUUUUUCCUGCUCCUUCUGCGGCAAAAGAUUUGCCGAAAGUUCCCAUUUGAUAACCCACGUGAGGUCGCACACCGGCGAGAAGCCUUUUUCCUGCUCAGUCUGCCAAACCGGCUUCAGCGAUCGCUCGGGAUUGGUGAAACACACCAGAACGCACACCGGGGAGAAACCUUUCAGCUGCUCGGUUUGCGGCAAAAAAUUCUCCAUCAAGGGACACAUGAAAACGCACGAGAGAACGCACACGGGGGAGAAACCAUAUUCCUGCUCGUUCUGUAACAAAAGUUUUGCGGACCGUUCGGCGUUUGUCCGCCACACCAGAACACACACGGGCGAGAAAGUCUUCAGUUGCAGGGUGUGUGACCAAAGGUUCUCUUACAAGUAUCAAGUAACCAAUCACAAGUGUGCAGGCGACAACAACAGCGGUCAUUAAAGCUGCUGGACGUCGUCACGGCGACUUAUUUGUGCUGUAAAUAUCACUUUGUAUUUCACAGAAAUAUUAUUUGAAUGGAAACAGUACAAAAAUAUGCAUUUUAUUUUGGUUGAAUGGACGUACCUUAUUGUGUAGGGCACUCCACCGAAUGUAAUGUUGCUACUACCGGUACAUGGUAGCGUCGCUGAUUUUCACUAAUACACUACAUUGCCAAAAGUAUUUGGCCACUCACAUAUGAAGUUGAAGUGCCAUCCCAUUCCUAACCCAUAGGGUUCAAUAUGACCUUUUGCAGCUAUUACAGCUUCCACUCUUCUGGGAGGGCUGUCCACAAGGUUGCGGAGUGUCUUUAUAGCAAUUUUCCACCAUUCUUCCAAAAGUGCAUUGGUGAGGUCACACACUGAUGUUGGUGGAGAAGGCCUGGCUCUUAGUCUCCCUUCUAAUUCAACCCAAAGGUGUUCAGGUCAGGACUCUGUGCAGGCCAGUCAAGUUCAUCCACACCAGACUCUGUCAUCCAUGUCUUUAUGGACCUUGCUUUGUGCACUGGUUGCACAGUCAUGUUGGAAGAGGAAGGGGCCCGCUCCAAACUGUUCCCACAAGGUUGGGAGCAUGGAAUUGUCCAAAAUGUUUUAGUAUUGUAGUAGAAUUUCUGACCUUUGACCUAUUUUUCUUGUCUUUUAAGAAUGUCCGCUCAUUUUCAAUUCUCUUCUAUUUUGUGCCAUUAAAUGGACCAGUUGUGGGACAAAGGUGAAUAUGGAGUUAUGCCAACCUGUCUACAGAAUGUUUAGAUUUUCCAAAUAUGACUAGGAGAUACGAGGUUGUUUUGGAACAGACAAAACCAAAACAAAACAAUCGUGGCGCAUUAGAUAACAAACAAUGACGCACAAGAGACAUAUAAAAAAUGGCAGAAGACCGGAACUCGACAGUGAUUUUGGCUUGUGUGUGUCUUGUUUACUCCGGAGUAACAUGUGGUCUGUCUGCACGGCCAACUUAAUUCAACCUGCACUUCUGAUAAUAGGUAAAUAAAUUUGUUGUACUAAACUACUUUUGUUGCCUGCUUAAGCUUCAGACAAUCCACUACAGUAUCCUGGAGCAUUCAAAGUUCCUUUCACUGGAACUAAGGGGCCAAGCCCAACUCCUGGAAAACAACCCCACAGCAUAAUUCCUCCUCCACCAAAUGUCACACUCGGCACAAUGCAGUCCGAAAUGUAGCGUUCUCCUGGCAACCUCCAAACCUAGACUGGUCCAUCAGAUGGAAAAGUGUGAUUCAUCAGUCCAGAGAAGGCUCUAGAGUCCAGUGGUGAUGUCCUUUACACCACUGCAUCCCACGCUUUGCAUUGGACUUGCUGAUGUAUGGCUUAGAUGCAGCUGCUCGGCCAUGGAAACCCAUUCCCUGAAGCUCUCUGCGUACUGUACGUGGGCUAAUUGGAAGGUGACAUGAAGUUUGGAGCUGUGUAGCAAGUGACUGUGCAGAAAGUCUUUGCACUAUGCUGACCUCUCUGUCAGUUUACCUGGCCUACCACUUGGUGGCUGAGUUGCUGUUGUUCCCAAACUCUUCACUUUUCUUAGAAUAAAGUUGACUUUGGAAUAUUUAGGAGCGAAGACUGGAUUUGUUGCACAGGUGGCAUCCUGUGACAGUUCCACGCUGGAAAUCACUGAGAGCGGCCCAUUCUUUCACACAUGUUUGUAGAAACUGUCUCCAUGCCUAAGUGCUUGAUUUGGUUCCCAAACAUGAGAAGUAAGGACUUUUAAAAAGGUUUUCAAACAAAGUGAACGGCUAACAACUAAUAACUACUUUGAUGUGUUUGUAUCCACGGUGGGAUUACUUGUGCUGUUCCAAUGUGGACUCUUUUAUUUUGGAGUGUUGUUGCCAUCAUGGAUUGUAGUCCUGUGCUAACAGAAGCAGCAAUAUUCCUCAAGCUUUGCUGUCUCAAGCACUUCCUGUUUAGCGUUGGCGCAAAUAGACGAGUGUGUUCCAUGGGCGCGUUCCUUUCUAACCCAAGGACUUCAAAGCGGAGAGACGGCAGGAUCUGCCCAAUUUCCAGACGACCUCUUUUUGAACCUCCUUUUUCAAAUGUUUUAUGAACGUCUUUUUGAAGUGUUUUACGAUCUUUUCUUUUGAACCGUUCUGUAACCAAAGGCAACGCUGUUUACGACCCACUUCCCUCUGGAAGCAGCUGUGGUCAUGUGGUCGGAGAAAGUAAAAUAAAGGAGUACAAUCUUUCGCCAGAGCGUGCUGAGAUACUGUACAAGGGAACAGUGUAAAGGCGACUCUCCUCAAUAUUGAGUCCAAAUUUAAUUAUGUCUCUGUUUGAUUCUUUGCUUCUUGUCUUGUUUAAUAGAUGCCAUCAGUGUUUGAACCUAAGAGUCCUCCUGAGACUUUGGGUUUGGUUGACGAUAUUGUUCUGACCAUAAUUCAACGUGUGGUUGGCUGAGCUUCCCACUCAAUAACAUGAAAUGUGACCAGAAAAAACCCCGACUGUACUGGUAAGAGAA